AUGGUGAGCGGGCGGGGCGGCGGAGUCGGGGGCCGUCGGGGGCCGUCGGGGGCCGUCGGGGGCCGUCGGGGCGGCCCGGCGGCACCGCCGCUCUCUUGUCGUCCGCAGGCGUCCGCGUGGCACGGCCCGGGGCUGCCGCCGGCGGCGGAGGAGCGGGGCGGGCGGCUGCGGGCCGCCAGGCUGCGGGCGGCGGUGGAGCGGGAGCGGCGGCUGGAGGAGGCCGUGCGGACGCCGGCGGGGGCGGGCGGGGCCGGGGGGAGAGUCGUGCCGGCGGUCGCUCGUUCCGUGCAGGAAGAAGAGCAGAGGCGGCAGAGGGAGCGACGGCGGCUGCAGGAGGAGCGGCUGGCGGCGGAGCUGGUGCGGCUGAAGCACGAGGAGCUGAGCGAUGAGAAGAUGAGGCAGCAAGUGCGGGAGAACAGUCUUGAACUUCGAGAACUCGAGAAAAAACUAAAAUCUGCGUAUCUGAACAAAGAGCGAGCGGCGCAGGUUGCUGAGAAAGAAGCCAUAGAGUUUGAGAAAAUGAAACGUGAGGCUGAAAUAGCCCAAAAGAUGAAGGAAGAGUAUGAAAGGGCAGCAAAAGAAGAAAGUUUGGCAGAACUGAGGCGAAAUGAGGAGAAAAUAACGUAUCAGCAAGAGCUGGAGAAGCAGCUUGAGGAACAGGAGCGGAAGAAGCAGGGAGUUUAUGAUGAGUUUCUGAAAGAGAAACUCAUGAUUGAUGAAAUCAUCAGGAAGAUCUAUGAGGAAGAUCAAAAAGAAAAACAACUUAAGUUAGAAAAGAUGAGAGCAAUUCAGACAUAUAUAGAAGAAUUUAAAAAAGAACAGGCUGUAUGGAGGCAGAAGAAACGGGAAGAGAUGGAAGAAGAAAACAGGAAAAUUGUGGAGUUUGCCAACAGUCAGCAACAAAGAGAAGAAGAUCGGAUGGCCAAAGUUAGAGACAUGGAGGAGAAAAAACAACGACUUCAGGCCAUGAUUGCCCAGAAUCUAGAAAGAGAGCAACAGAAGCGUGAUGAACUGGAACAAAUACGCCAAGAGCUGUAUCUGGAAGAACAACUUGAGACGGAUAGAAAGAAGGAGAUGGCAGAAAUUGAGAAGAGAAUAAGGCAACGCCUAGAUUUAAGGCAAAUGUAUGAAGAGCAGUUUGCUUUGAAGAAGAUAGCACAGCAAGCUGUGCAAGAGGAGGAAGAAGCCUUCAGACAGCAGAUGCAGGCCAAGUUUGCAGAGGAUGAUCGUAUUGAACAGAUGAAUGCUCAGAAACGAAGAAUGAAACAGCUUGAACACAGAAAGGCUGUGGAAAAACUUAUUGAAGACCGUCACAAACAAUUUAUUGCAGAUAAAGAGCGUGAACUUGAAGAAUGGCAGUUGGAGGAGAAGAGACAAGCAAACAUUCGUGCAGUUGUUGAAGAAGAGAGACAGAAACUCCUGAAAGAACAUGCAUCUAAAUUACUGGGUUAUCUUCCUAGAGGAAUACUGAAAGGCGAAGAUGAUAUUAACAUGCUUGGUGAGGAAUUUAGGUUGGCUUAUCAGAAGAGAAGAGGUAAUCCAUCUUCUGAGGAGAGCUGAAAUUUUCCAGGUCUGCUCUCCUGCUUUGCCACUAGGUGUCAUCUGAUUGCUAAUGAAAAUGUCCAUUUGCUGUUAAUAGCAAGGAACUUGUUUUUAUUCUCAUAAAAAUCUCCAUUUUAAGUCUGGAGUUCUGAACUGAAGAAUGGCUCAUCUUAUUUAAAUGCACUUAAGUUUUUCAGGAAUAAAUUGCUACAGAUUUCUCAAUAAUCUAUCAGCUACAUAAUAUGACUGAGUCAGUGAUGAAGCAAUGUUUGAAAAUGUUUUCUUCAGCCACACUACAGAAACCUGAAGUAGUGUAAGUUCAGAUGGGUAUCACAUGACAGACAAUACGAUUAUCUUAAUGCACUGUUUCUGUUUGUAAGUUAAAGAAGUAUCUACAUUUGCAUUGUACUAUUAAAUUACUAAUCUAAAGGUAGGUAAUAUAAAUCACUAAUGGUAGAUCAGAAUUACUUUUUCCACUGCUAGUUCAUGUGACUUUGCUAGUAAAAUCUGAGAUGUAAUUCUCAUUUUGAGGUCAGUCAUAGAAUGAUAGAAUUGCUCAGGUUGGAAAAGACCUUAAAGAUCAUCAAGUCCAACCAUGACCUAACCAUAUUACCGUAACAAUCCUCCGCUAAAUCACAUCCCUGAGCACCACAUCCAAAUGGUUUUUAAGCACAUCCAGGGAUGGUGACUCAACCACCUCC